CUCCCUCUCCCUCUCUCUCUCUCUUCCCCCCCCUUUCUCCCCCUCUCUCUCCCUCUCUCCCUCUCUCUCAGCUUUUGUUUCGCCAUGCCUAGUCUAGUGGUAUCUGGAAUAAUGGAAAGAAAUGGGGGAUUUGGGGAACUGGGAUGUUUCGGAGGGAGCGCGAAGGACCGAGGUCUCCUGGAAGACGAGCGGGCCCUCCAGCUCGCCCUGGAUCAACUCUGCCUCCUUGGUUUGGGGGAGCCCCCCGCCCCCACGGCGGGUGAGGACGGGGGAGGUGGGGGGGGCAACGCCCCCGCCCCGCCAACUGCCCCCCCUCAGCCUGCCCCGCCGCCACCACCUCCGGCGCCCCCGGCAGCCCCGCCGGCGGCCCCCCCGGCCCAGCCGCCGCAGCCACCGACGGCCCCUAAAGGGGCAGGCGAUGCCAAGCUCUGCGCCCUGUACAAAGAGGCCGAGCUGCGGCUCAAGAGUAGCAGCAACACCACGGAGUGUGUCCCCGUGCCCACAUCGGAACACGUGGCGGAGAUCGUGGGCAGACAAGGCUGCAAGAUCAAGGCCCUACGAGCAAAGACCAACACCUACAUCAAAACACCUGUUCGAGGUGAAGAGCCAGUAUUUAUGGUGACAGGACGCCGGGAGGACGUGGCCACUGCCCGUCGGGAGAUCAUUUCAGCAGCUGAGCACUUCUCCAUGAUCCGGGCCUCUCGGAAUAAGUCAGGCGCUGCCUUUGGAGUAGCACCAGCUCUCCCUGGCCAGGUCACUAUUCGGGUUCGAGUACCGUAUCGUGUGGUGGGGUUAGUGGUAGGGCCCAAGGGGGCCACCAUCAAGCGGAUCCAGCAGCAGACUAACACCUACAUCAUCACACCCAGCCGGGACCGAGACCCCGUCUUUGAAAUCACCGGUGCACCAGGCAAUGUGGAACGGGCACGAGAGGAGAUUGAGACCCAUAUUGCCGUCCGCACUGGCAAGAUUCUUGAGUACAACAAUGAGAAUGACUUUCUGUCAGGUAGCCCUGACCCUGCUCUGGAGAGCCGCUAUUCCGAGGCCUGGAGAGUGCAUCCACCAGGGUGCAAACCUCUCUCUGCCUUCCGACAGAACAGCCUUGGUUGUAUUGGAGAAUGUGGUGUUGAGUCAGGAUUCGAGGCGCCACGGCUUGGGGAACAAGGAGGUGACUUUAGCUAUGGUGGCUACCUCUUCCCUGGCUAUGGAGUUGGCAAGCAAGAUGUGUACUAUAGUGUGGCUGAGACUAGUCCUCCACUCUGGGCUGGCCAGGAGAAUGCCACCCCCACCUCCGUCCUUUUUUCCUCUGCCUCCUCAUCUUCAUCUUCUUCAGCCAAGGCCCGGGCUGGUCCCCCAGGGUCACACCGUUCACCAGCCCCAGCAUCAGCAUCGUCAGCCGUCCCCGAGCUGGCUGGGCUUCCAAGGCGACCACCUGGGGAACCCCUCCAGGGCUUCUCCAAACUUGGGGGUGGUGGACUGAGGAGCCCAGCUGGAGCAGGGGGUGGGCGGGAUUGUAUGGUGUGCUUCGAGAGUGAGGUCACAGCAGCCCUGGUCCCCUGUGGACACAACCUCUUCUGCAUGGAGUGUGCUGUACGAAUCUGCGAGAGAACCGAUCCUGAGUGUCCUGUUUGUCACAUCACAGCCACACAAGCCAUCCGAAUAUUCUCCUAAAUACUCCUCCCCGGUUUUGGCUUCCCUCCCUGCUUUGGACUGUUUUUCACCAGGGUCCUUUAGAAAUUGGCAAUCUUGUGGGGGGCAGGGUGUUUAAAGAUCCCUGCUUUGGGAUUUGGGAGAAGGAAGUCCUACAGAGCAGGGUAGGAUGUGGGUCUUUAUGCCCUCCCAAUGGUCUCAUGUUGGGGAGAUGAGGGAGGGGCAGACUGGGAAUGAAUGACAUUCCCUUUGAGAGUUACAACUCUGAUACCUCAAUAGACCCUCAAAUCUGGAAGCAGCUAAGAGAACCUUUUAUAUUUUGCAAGGGGGCAAGAGUUUUCGCCCCAUCUCAUCACCCCAACCCCUCUCUUCACUAAGCCACCCUUUCCCUUUCCUCAGUGAUUGUUGGGAAGACAGGGAAUGAGAAGUAAAGACACCAUCUGGAAGGGCUACUAAACACCUACAGCCCAGAAUGCUUUAAUUCCCCUAACCCAUAAUUCCUGACCUCCAGCCUCUGACCUCUUAAUCUACCCUAACCCUUGUCACCUUUUCCCACCCCAAGCUCCCAAAAGACACACAUAUGUUUAGGGAAUCUCCUGGGCUUUCCCUACUAUCCUACUUUGGAUGAACUUUGUUUUGGGGGAGGGCAAAAGGGGAAACUUGUCAUGGGGAGUUCCAUCUCUCCCCUCCUCUUCUCUCCACUACAGUAGUUUUAGAAGAUUGUUGCGGAGAGAAGAAUAAUGAGGGGCUAGGGUUUGGGAAUUAAAGUAUCCCCUACAAUAAGCACUGAGUUAGAGGAACAAGGGGGGAUGUUCUCUGUCUCUCCUCACUCUUACUUUUCAUAUAUUUGUCUUUUUCUCUCUAGCCUCUAUACCUCCACUGUUUCUCCUGCCACUCUUCAUUUCUGCUCUUCUUCUGUAUGCUUCCAUCUACCCUUGUCACUCUCUCCUCUCUGUCUCACUCUUUCUCUCCUGUCUCUUUCAUCUCCUUUUCUUCUGUCUCCUAUCAUCUCUCUCCUCCCCUCCCCUUUCCUUUCCUCUAGUUAAGCGCAGCUUUUGGGAAGCCAUGUUCCUCUGGAGGGAGUUGGGGUGGGGGGAGGGGGUGCACCUCAAUGACCCUUUCACAUUCACUAGAUCUCAACAACUGCUUUCCAUUCCCACCCCCACCCCUGCCACUACUCAGAGCCUCCACCUCCCUCCACUCCUACAAAGGAAACUCUCUGAAUGCCCAAGAGAAACUAACCCUUCUCUCUUCGGCAUCACCAGGCAUCUGAGGGACAUUAGGGGGAGGCACCUCCACUCCUUGACCAUCUGUUGGCAUUAAAUUUGUGUAUCUGUUGUGAUGGGGAGAUGUUCAUCUGAAGGGAAUGAUUGGUUGGCAGUGGCCUAGAUGGAGGAAGGAAUGAAAGCUGAUGCCCCCAUAGCUGGGGAUCCUAAUUGUUCUGUGACCUGGCAGGGGCAGGAAACUGUAUGGAAGGAGACACAGUGAGAACCCUACCCAGUUGUGGGGAUAAAUGCUCCUGACAUUUUUCUAUCUUCAUUCACUGUGCUGAGCUCAAAGUCGUCCGUCCAACAGUUUGAGUGUGGGAAGGUGACUUGAAGAGGGAGCCAUGUAGGAUGUUGGGGAGGGAACCUCCCACUGGGAGCUGUUCUGAGGAUUAUCUGAUUGGGAGAGAGGAUUUGAUACAUCACCUUUUCCCCUCCCUCAUUGCCCACAUCAGGGCUGCUGUUGACCUCUUGACACUCCCCUGGUUCUGCUGGCCAGGCUGGGGAAGGGGCAGGAGGGUGAGAGUCCUAGGUUAACCUAGGGACCCUUGUAUAUAAUGGGGUGGGACUAUUGAGUAAUCUCUAAGCACUUAGAGAGAAUGUGAAUCCCAUUCUUCCUGCUUUGUAAGGAGGUGGAGAGAUAGGGAGGCAGGGAGAAACUCCUUUCUCCCCUUCCCCCUGUCAUGAAUGAACUAAUCUUCUUCCUCCUUUCCCCUUUCCUUCCUCAAGUCAGGGAAGGGAAAGGAAUAUGAUAUAUAAAAAAAAAAUCCAUACUGUGAUAACUUCCAUCCUUCUCAUUGUCAUGAGCCAUCCCAAGAUGCGUCUGUACAAUAGCAACCAAAACCAAAUUGGGACCCUCCGUUGUCGGGGGGUGGGGUUUGGGAGGGUGGGGUGGGAAGAAGGGCUGUCUGUCUCCACCCCUUGCUCCCUUCCAUUCCUUAUCCCAUAAAGGCAGAAGACUGUUAAUCUACAGAGCUCAGAAAAACCCAAUCCAGCCCCCCUACUUCUCGAGCUAAACCCUAGAAACAAACUUAAACAGAGAGCGAGACAAAACAGUAGAGGCGGGAGAGCAAGUGAGAGAGGUGUCCAAUACAGAGGAGAAAACAAAAAUAGCAAAAAAAAGAAAAGCAGUUCUUUAUAAUUUAAUAUUCUAUUUUAAUAAAGGCGUUUAUUACCAUAUAAAUGUAGCAGAGAACCUGGGCUAAUAUGGAAAAAAAGACUUUUUAUUAGGUAAUUUAUUAUAUGAGAAGGAUAUUUUAUUUUAUGAUAAAGUGAUCCUUAAAAAAAUAAAAAAACUUUAGAAGGUUUAGAAUAUAUGUAGGGAGAGAAGAAAAAAAAUAAUACAUUUGUAUUCAGAGUUAAAGCUUAAAAAGUGUUUUUAAUAUAUGUUUGGGUUUAUGUUCCUUUUUCUUUUCCCCAUUUUUUUCAGGGGGUGGGGUAUGUCAUUUGGUUUUCCAGAGAGUGUUUUAGAGGUGUUUAAAGCAGGCCUGACCCCUCCCAGAAUGUGGGAGAGAGGAGGCAGGGGAGAAAGUUAGGUUGAGGAAUUAAUCCUGUCUCCUUGACCAUUCUUCUGGGAGAGUCACCCAUUGGUGCAGGUGAUUCAGUUUCAUUCAGUGGGCUCUCCCAGCCCCAUACCUCCCCCAACCCCCUUAUUGGGGCUAGCCAGGCUGAGCCAGACGAAGUAGGGGAUGAACAAGAAAUAGAGAAUGAGAGGAUGGGGAACUCUUCAGUGUACCCCCACACUCUGACCAGGGGGUUAUGGGAACAAUGCAGGAAAGGAGGGGAUCCCAGCUGAGGGGGGGGAACCCUGAGUGAGGGAGAAGGGUGAGAAGAUUCAAGAGAAAUAGACUUUUUUUUUAACCAAAAAAAAAUGAGAGAAGAAAGAGAAGCUGAGGGGUUUAAAAGA